AUGCGUCGAAACAAUACCAGCAGCAGCAGCAGCACCAGUACAACCAAUGCAGACACCAAUGCCACUUGUUCCAAACCCCAAUCGCACUAUCGAUCGCCACGCAUUGCUGCCAUGAUUUCAAAAGCUGCACGACAUGGGCUGAAACGACUUCACACGGCUCAUGAGCAACGUCGUCGUCAUUCCGACGAAGGGGUCCACUCUUCACCACCACCACUUGAUAGUCCACUAUCCGAUAUAUCCGAUAUGUACAGCGUCGAUAAUUAUAAGCCGUUAUACUUGAUGACGAUGGGAGAAGAAGAAGCGGAUCGUAUUCAACUAAAGAAUGACUUGGUCAAACUUGCAUUUGGUGGGGAAUUCUCAUUGCCUAUUGACUUUAACGAGAUCAAAGGGGGAUGCGUACUGGACAUUGGAUGUGGCCCUGGUGAUUGGUGCCUUAAUCUCGCUGAGGAGUUUCCCGAUCUGCAACAAGUGAUUGGUGUUGAUAUUGUGGAUGACAUGUUUCCCGAUCCAAGUUACUCGGUGCCGUCCAAUUGCCAAUUCAUGACGCUUAACGUGUUGAAUGGGUUCCACGGAUCAUUUCCUUUGGAGAGCUUUGAUUGUAUCCACUUCCGAUUCAUGUCACUCGCUUUCACACAUGACCAAUAUUUGACGGCCGUGCAAAAUUGCUGGGAUCUACUCAAACCAGGUGGCUACAUUGUGCUGAUGGAAAUGGACACAAAGGUUUCCUCUCCAGGACCUACAACGGAAAAACUUAAUCAGGAUGUGAUGGACGCUGCACAUAACCGUGGAUUAAGCCCAAGGUUGGCACAAGAGCUGGGUACCUUGAUUCCCAAAGGAGCCGUGAACCGAUAUGAAAAAUACCGGUCUUUGCCGAUUGGUUUAUGGGGUGGCCGGCUGGGUGUCCUAUUUCGAGAAGAUCUCUUUCACGGCCUAAUACAUACCCAAGUAGCAAUCAACGAAUUCAAUGCUUCUCAAGGCAAGCCUGUACUUGAACCUCAUGUAUUCGAAAAUCAACUAGAAAUGGCAAGGCGUGAGGUAGAACAAUACCAUAGUUACAGUAAUUUUCAUUUUGUCGUUGCUCAAAAGCCAUCAUUACCAUCAUCAUCAUCACCUUCAAUAAACAAUACACCAUCACAACGAUAA